AUGUGCAGCGCUGCCAGAAGAAGAAAACCCCGGGGGGAACCGGCACCACCGGCACUACCGGCACCACCGGAACCGGUAGCGGUAACCCCAGCAGUGUCUGUGUCAAGCACUCUAACUACUACUCGCAUACGACAAAAGAUUCCCCAGACGGAUGAAUCGUGCACCAUCACUAACGAGUCCCAGUGUGACGGACAGAACUGGACCGGCAGCACAUGCUGUGCCGACCCUGCCUACGAGUGCCGAAAGUCGGAUGACGGUCAGAACGUUAAGCGAUGCCAGAAGGUCGCUCACGCUGACUCGGAGGAUAGCAACAGUGACGACGACUACAGCCACUCUGACGACGGUAGCUACAUUGAGGGGGACGUCGAGUACUCGAGCUACGUGGACGACUGGGAAGACUGCACUAGUAUUGAUGUCGGCUGCUCGAACCCGACGAGCUACUGCGUCCUCCACUCGCUGCAUUACGCGCAGUGCAAGCCUGAAACUCUUCCGCAGGGAGAGCUCUGUGGCCAGAAUGAUGGCACCAAUGUGUGGUGGUACCCAUUCUGCGCGACAGGUGAGAGCUGCCAGCCCAAGGGAACAGACUUUCGCUGCGCCAAGAACAAGAAGCGCCACCACCACCACCGUCGUGCGUAA